CCUAUUCUCCGAUCCGGGUUAACAUUAUCAAAUUUUGACAAAGAAAACAAGGAAAAAUGAGUGGCAAAUUUGGAUUUCCGAGAAUUGGGAUUAUGGCACAGUGGAGAAAUCUUUUCAUUAUUAUGGUGCAGAUAUAAAUUAGUAUCAUCAAAAUGUCGAAAGCAUCACAAUCCACUAACUUUCGAAAAGUCAAUGUAGAUGAUUUAGAUGAAGAUCGAUUUCAAGAUGAUGCUGGUGAAACGCACGAAUCAUCUGGACCUAGUGAAACUGAUGUUCAGAAUCUACUUAACGCUAAAAAGACAACUGAGGCAUUGAAGUUGUUGUUGAAGAAUCCACCAUAUAGUGGAGGCGCUAAAGAAAAGUCGCAAGCAUUUGCAUUGGUCUUGCGCGUUUUAACACAAUACAAGUCAGCAGAAAUCGAAGGAACAAUGAAACAACUGUCAACGGAUGAGGUGGAUGUUCUGUUGAGAUAUUUAUAUCGUGGUUUUAGUGAGCCAACUGACAGCACUUGUGGAACUCUGCUUAGUUGGCAUGAGAAGGUAGUCGCUGCUGGUGGAUUGGGAAGUGUGAUGCGUGUUCUUACUGAUCGAAAAUCUGUUUAAAUACGUGACCUUUUUUAUAAACGAAAAACAUCACUUUGUAAAUUAGACCAAUCAAAUUUUGUUAAAUUAUCAAUUUUUUCACAGUGAGAAUUAAUGUUCGGGAAAGAUAAGAACUAGUACAGUGCCCGGGAUAGACGCGCAAAAUUCUCUCAUCUGUUUGUUAAAGUCAGCUCAAAACAAAUAUUUCAAUGUGAUAAUUUUUGAAGAACUUAUGUUUUGUAAAUUCAAUUUGUAAAAGAAAUACAGCUUUCACUAUAUGUA